AUGAAGAAUCUCAGCACAGUAGAUAAGUAUUUGAAAAAAGCCAUAGAGUUACAUAAAGUACAUACUAAGAAAAUUGAAGAUCUUGAAGAACAAUUACAUGAAAUUAAAGUUGAGAUAGAUGAGUUUCAAUUACAAUCUUGUUCUAUUGAUAUAAGUAAUGAUCAGUAUGAUAAAUAUCUCAGUUUGAAGGCAGAAGCUCAAAAACAAUUUGCUCAAGAAAAUCUCUCAGUUCCAACACUUCAGAGACAGUAUGAUAAGUCAGCUUUGAAAGACAUUACUUCUAAAUACCAAAAUAUUGUGAAAAAAAUUGAAGAAAUGCAAUCUAAUAUUAAAAGUACUGAAAUAGAUGAAGCCAAACUUAAUAAAGAAAUAAACCAAUUGCAUAUUGAUAUAGAAGAUACCAUUAAGAGUAUUCAAGAUUUAAAUGAAAAAUUAAAUGAGUUUGACAUAUCACAUCAAGAAAGUAACCAGCACUGUAAAAAUGUUGAAAUUAUAGAUGCAUUGCAAGUGAAAAUACGUGGAGUUAUAGGUAGAUUGGUACAGUUGUGUAGGGUUACUGAACAAAAAUAUGAAAUGGCAAUUACAAAGAUUUUGGGACAAAAAAUAGAUGGCAUAGUAGUUGAUACAACCAAUACAGCUCAAAAAUGUAUACAGUUUUUAAAAGAGUACUGUAUAAGCGAUAGAUAUUCAGUUAUAGAGACAUUUUUUCCAUUAGAUAAUCUCAAAACAAAAACUUUAGAUAAAAAUCUACUUUACCAUAUUAACAGAGAGCCGCAUACUAAACUUGCUAUAGAUGUGAUGGAUGUCAAUAGCUGUCACAUAGAUAAUGUGUUGAAAAGUUUCAUUGGGGACGUUGUAAUAUGCGAAACUGAUGAUCAAGCUGGAAGCUUGUCAAACUUACUCAAAAUUAAUUGCGUUUCUUUAGAUGGUACUUACUACAAAAAAGACGGGACAUUCACUGGUGGAUUUAGUGAUUUGAAAAAAAAAGCUAAGAAAUGGAGUGAAGAAGAAUAUGAACGUGUUGAAAGAGAAAGACAAGAAAAAAAUGAAUCUCUUAAAAGAUUACAGCAGUUCCUUAGAGACAAGGAAAAUCUUAAAGAAAAUUUACUAAUAAAAUUGUCCAAGUGGCGUUAUUGUUUGAAGGAAUAUUUACAGCCAACUCAAAAAGAUCAUGAGAAAAAACUCAAAGAAAUUGAAGAUAAUUUAGAACAAUUAAAAUUGAAAUUGGAGAACCUCGAAUCAAGUAAUUUAGUUAAUGAAUGGCAAAAAUCUUUAUUUAGUAUGGAGCAAGAAUUAAGCGCCAUAAAAGCACGAGAAGACGAAAUAGAAGAUAAAGUUUUUACAAGUUUCUGUAAAAAAUAUGGAUUAAAAAAUAUUCGACAAUACGAAGCAAACGAUGUUAGAAAGUAUGAAGAACGUUACAAGUAUCAAGUGGCAUUAGAAAACCAUUCCGGAGAAAUCAAUAAUCAAAUAAAUUACGAAAAAAGUCGCAACACAAAAGAAAUGAUAAAGCGAUACAAAAAUAAGAAAGACGAGUUGGAAAAAGAAUACAACGAAUUAUUGCAUAAAAGGAGAACGUGGGAUAAUCGCAAAAAUGAACGCAAUAAAUACUAUGAAAGUAAAGCUAAAAUGAAGUCGCUUAGGUGUGAGAUAGAUGAAAUUGGGAAAAAAUUAAGGAACGAAGAACGUAAACUUUCAGCUGCAAACAAAGAUCUUAAAGCAUUAGAAAAGACUGUUGCUGUUUAUACUUUGAAAAUUAAUCAACUUUGGCGUUUAGAAAUCCACCAGAUAUUAACAAAGUGCAAAAUAAAAGGUAUUAAGAUACCAUUACAAAAAGGCACCAUCGAGGAAGUGCUGAUGCAAUCAAGAAUGGAUGUAGAAUCUGAGAAUAGUGAACAACAGACAGAAAGUGAAUCUGGAAUUCAAGAAAAAGAUGUUGAAUUUGAUUUUUCAGGGCUAGAUGAAUCUAUUAAAAAUCUUGAUGAAGAUCAAUUGAAUCAACACAUCGAAUAUCUGGAAAACAGAUACAAAGAAUUUGAAGAGAAAUUAGAGUCACGUGCCCCAUUAAAUCGAAAUAUUAAGCAGGACUUCAAAUUGCUUGAAAAUAAAAUAAAAAAUUCAGUGAACGAAUUAUCAGCAAAACGAGAACAAUACCAAACUAUUAAAAUACAGUUUGAUGACGUAAAAGCCAAAAGGGGAAAAUUAUUUAUCGAAUUUUUCAAUUCUGUCGAGAAGGAAAUUGAUCAGAUAUUCAAACGUUUAUACAAAGAUUCUGCUGCUCAAGCUUUUAUAAGCAUGACAAAUCCCGAAGUACCAUAUCUUGACAACAUUGAGUUCAACUGUUUAAUUCCUAAGAAAAAGUUUACAAAGGUUGAAAAUCUUUCAGGGGGAGAGAGAACUAUGUGUGCCUUGGCACUUUUCUUGGCUAUUUACAGUGCCAAACCUGCUCCCUGUAUCAUUUUUGAUGAAGUAGAUGUUGCUCUAGAUAACGAUAAUAUGGAAAAUAUUGUCAGCUUUAUCAAAGAAUGGAAAGAGGCCAGAAAAACACAAAUUAUUAUCAUCAGUCACAACGAACGUUUUUUGAGAUGUGCCGAUGCUGUUAUUGGAAUCAAUAAAUCUAUUCGCGAAAAUUCGAGUUACGCAGUUCACGUGGAUCUAGCUCAAUAUUUACAACUUGACCAUGAGGCUCAAAGAAAUCUUUUAACCAGUCGAUCGACACAUGAGUCUUAUUAAAAAAGAGAAUUAAUUAGAUCCAAAAAGUAUGGAUAACGUCAUCGAAUUUUCCGUUUUUUAAUCUUGUAAUCUCAAAAUGAAAUCCAUUAUUCGAUAAAAUUUAUUAUUUAUUUAAUCGAAAAAAUUUGUAAUCAAAUAAUUAGUUUGAAAAUCAAUAGAUUAGAUUGCAUUUUUUUACCAUUAAUUCAAUGUAUAGGCAUUUUGCUAAUGAAAUGAAAUUGUAAAUCGGGUUAAAUAUAUAACAAAAAAGUUGAUCAAUCAAAUUUUACCCCUGAAUCAGUACACGUAAAAACACUAUGUUUAAAUAAUAAAAAUUGGUCAUUGUUAUUAUAAAGUAAAAGAAUUUCUGCAAUUUCAUUAAUAUGUAUACAUUGCAAUUCCGGAACUUUUGUAUACUUUCCACUGUAAUAUCGCGGGUAAUAUGAAUGCACAUUUGUUACAGUAAGAUCAAUAUUUAAUAUAUAGCUGAUAUAAAAAUUUGAUAUUAUUUUGAAUUUUUCUAGAUAAACCUGUGACUAUAUUUACAUCUAUUUAUAAUUCGAAAUUGCAUUAUACAUAUAUUGAUAAAUAAUACUUAGAAACUGUAUUCUUUAACAUAAAAUAUUUACA